AUGUUUGAUGGCCUCUCGAGUCGCAGCUCCUCGAACAUAUCGGUGCAGCCUGUGCACCUGUUGGGGGAGACACCGCGCGAAGCCGUCAAUGAGGGCGGGUUGAUCACGGAGGGAUCCUCGGCGUUUGUCACCGCCCGCUCGGAGAUGGAUCUGGGCGUCACACCCAAAGACCCGUUUAGCUUUGGGGAGGAGAAGCGGGAGACACCGCUUGGUGGGCACAAUGACAACGCGCAGCAUCCAAGGCUGUGGGACAACAUUCAAAAUAAAGCAACGGCAGCCAUUCGGUUUGCUGCUGGGAGUGCCGGUCGUCUCUUGGAGAUGAUGUUAGAGCCGCAGUUCGGCAAGGAUAAUCCCUCGCAGGACGCGUAUUUGUUGCAGGUUGUACACGCCGACAGCCGGCGUGAACCUUUCGACACUGCCAACUACAUUAAACGUCUUAAUACCGACGACCUACCCGACGGAGAGGAGGAGGAGGAGGAGGAAGAAGAGGAAGUGGAGCUUACGCGUAUCGAGAUUGAUCUUGUCUCGACGUUGCGCGCCUACCGCAAGAACCCAAGCGACUGUUUUGGUCACCUUGUCGUCGCUGCCCUGUCAAGCCGAUCGGAGAAAAAUCCUGUGACGUGCGAUGAACUGAAGGAGGCACGGCUAAAUCCAUAUCUAGUGUGCCUGAUCAUUAAGUCCGAAGCUCUGGAUAUCUCGGACGAGGCCGUGCAUGCGGAGAUACAGCGUUGCGUAGACACCGUUAUCCCCUCCGAAGCUGAUAGAGUUCCAGUAAGCGUCUAUGAGUACCUGCCGUCACUGUUGAAGCUGGACUUUGUACGCCUCAGUUCAAAGCAGUAUGCGAUAAUGAAGGAUAGCGGAUUUGAGUUUCUGCAACUGUUAUGCCAGUACCCCCAUGUUUUACCACCCGGCCAACUAAAUUCUGUUCGUGUAAAUUACGUUCAAUCAACAUGGUGUUUUGAUGUCUUCACGAUGAUUAUUAACAUGUUUUUGGAGUUGUUUUGUUUGGUCAGCAUUAUUCUCGUGUUGGCACACUGGAUAAGCCACGGGCGCGGGGUACCGGAUGGAAUUUUUGGCUAUUAUACAGCUCUGGUGUAUGGUAUCGGGUACGCGGCGCAUCUCAUUGGCAUGAUCUUUUUGAUGCGUGGCAAGGCACGGAACGUAGUCUACGGCAAGAUGCUCUGUGCCUUUCCUUCGCCACACCUUCUCGUGGUGCCGGUGGUGCCGCUAUAUAACAUGGUGAGUUUUUUUACCUAUGUGCAGUAUCGAAGGAGACAGCGAAAAAGGAAUCACGUUGCUAUUUUGCACGAUAUUGUCGCCGCUCAGGUUUUAUCUAGUCUUUGUUUUUCGCUUUGCGUGGCGAUGCCGCAAUUUAUUUAUCAGUCGUUUGUGCUCGUCGAUGCUGAGCCUGACUCACUGCAUGCGCCUCAGCACUACUCUCUUGGGCUACUGACCGCGACUGCCAUUGCGACCACUUGGGUGUGCAUAUUGCGUAUGUUCCGCGCUCUCGCAACGUAUGACUCUGUCAACUGCUUUGGGUUUGCAUGUUUUGGGUUUCAGAGCAGCCACAUCAUCGAGCGGUUUUCAGCAGUCGUUCGCAUGGUACAUGUUUCGUGCCUUUUUCUGCUUGAAUUGAACGUCUCAUUUUUAGUGAUGGGGGCCGUGAGUGUGAUGGGGUGCGAAGCAGCGUCGAUCGCCACGAUGGCGCUGGCGGGGGCCUCCCUCUUUAAUAUCUUAGUCCUACUUGUACUGCUGCUCCUCAGCCGUGAAAGCGUCUUCCGCCUGAUGUGGGCUGUGCUGCCGCUGACCUUGCUGCAAAUUUCAAUGUUUAUCUACCAGAAUCGUGCAGUAACUGGAUUCUGUAAAUAUCUUGUGGUGGUCAGUGGAAAAUUGUCCCUGUUUCGCUUCGUCAUCUGGGUCGUCUUUUUCUUCUUCAUGGUGUUGUGGGCGGUGCAAGUUCUAGUGCUGUUUGUCGCAAGAAAACUGCGGAGCGUGUCGCGCUGA